AUUCCAGAGUAGACGUCUAGAUAACAUGGCAGAUGAAGAAAGGUUGGAAGAACUGGAUGUAUUUAGUCUAGAGAAGGGAAGAUUGGGAUUUGAUGCGAGAAGCAAGGGGUUGGGUUUUUUUGUGGGGGGGGUUUUGGUGAUAUCUUUUAUUGGAGUGACUGAAAUUGGGAGAGAGACUAGCAGUCGUCAGAAACAAAAACACUUUGUUAUAAGGAGAAGACAACAAAGUCUUGCGUCUCUCCACAGGGGACAGGGCAAGAAGUGAUGGAUUGGAACUGCAGUGAGGGAGAUGAAGGUUAGAUAGUAGGAAGAGCUCUGAGCUCUCUGAGGGUGGUGAAGAGCUGGGGCAGAUUACGUCCUGUGGUGGAAGCUCCGUCGCACUGAAGUUCUCAGUGCAUGUUAGACACUUUCUCUAGGAUGUUUUAGACACAGGGAUGAUGCUGCCUUAAGAAGGGGAUUGGAUCAGCCCUGCAUCUGCUUGGGAUCCUCUAAGUUUAUAGUAGAAAGUCCACAAAAAAUCAGGACAGAUUGAUUCUGUAAAGUUUUGGAUGGGAAUUCAUGCUGUCAGCUGAGUGUUUUCUAACUAAUCUGUGCAAAAUUAAUUUGUUGUAGCAUUUCAUGAUUUUUCAGAUGGUGAAAAUAAGCUAACUGUGAAAGGAGAAGUCACAUGCUGGAAACAGAGUGGGAGUGAGAUUUCAGGAAAGCAGACUGACUCUGCUCUUGGAAGCAUUUGUAGGCUGGAACCAAACCCUUGAUUCCCAAGGCACAUGCAUUCAGAAACCCUGAAGGCAAAAUCUGUACUGUCUUUCCAUUAGCGUGGUUUUACUAGGGCCAGUGGCAAACACUGCAAGCAGCAGUAAAAGGCAGCUUAGAAUUGCAUUUUACUUCAACAAACUGAUCAAGUGUAUGGGAUUGCAGUUUAUAAACGCAUGAAAGCUGUAAGCACCAAGAAUGGAGUGAGUGUAUUUAAGGUGACAUAAAAGAGCAUUACUGAGAGUCGUGGGAUCAAAUGCAAAAAAGGAAAAGUAUAUACACCACUUCCUAAAUGAGACUUGGAGGAGUCGUUACCAGAUGGAACUUAAUCCAGACUUCCUGACCUUCCUGUGGUCUGUCAUUGCUUCCAUAUUUUCCCUUGGAGGUCUUUGUGGAGCUCACAUUGGAGGCAGCACGGCAAUUAGGCUGGGCAGAAAAGGCGCUCUUUUGGUGAACAAUUUCAUAGCAAUACUGGCCUCCAUUUUAAUGGGGAUUAGUUUUCCAACAGGAUUGUUUGAGUUAUUGAUUGUUGGCAGAUUUUUGAUUGGCAUAAGUGCAGGUAUUGGCCUCUGUGUGCAGCCACUGUAUCUUGGGGAAAUUGCUCCAAAACAUCUCCGAGGUACGCUGGCCAUGGGCUCGUCCAUAUUUCUGACUGGAGGGAUUCUGACAGGACAGAUCAUUGGCCUAAGAGAACUACUUGGUGGAGCAAGGUAUUGGCCUUUGUUGCUGUCCAGCAGCUGUUUCCCUGCAUUUGCCCAACUUCUGUUCCUCCCCUGGUUUCCUGAAAGCCCAAGGUAUCUUCUGAUUGACAGAGGUGAUGAGAUAAAGUGCACCAAGGCUUUGAAGCGCUUUCAUGGUCUUUUGCACUACCAAACAGAGAUGGAAGAUAUACAGAGAGAAGAAUUUGCCUUAAAUGGUGAGAAGCCAAAGAAGCCCUGGCAACUGUUCACUGAUCGCAGUAUAAAGUGGCAGCUCAUCACGGUGAUUGUGAUGACUAUGGGCCAGCAGCUCAGUGGGAUAAAUGCUAUUUAUUUCUAUGCAACUUAUGUUUUUAAACAAGCUGGGAUUCCUCAGGAAAAAAUUCCAUAUGUGACCUUAGGUACUGGAGCUUGUGAAUGCCUCACAGCCCUCACUUGCGGUUUACUGAUUGACUACAUGGGGAGAAGAUUUCUUAUCAUUGGAGGAUAUGCUGUGAUGACAUUUUGGUGCAUUGUAUUGACAUUCUCCCUGACAUAUCAGGAGCUGUACUCCUGGGUACCUUACUUGAGCCUGGCAUCCAUAUUUGCCUUCAUCCUGAGCUUUGGGUUGGGACCAGGUGGUAUAACAAAUACCCUGAUUGCUGAAUUAUUUACACAGUCUUCACGGCCUGCUGCUUACAUGAUAGGAGGAUCCAUUAGUUGGCUGAGUUUCUUCACAAUUGGAAUGCUCUUUCCUUUUAUAGUGAAUGGAUUGAAGCAUUAUUGUUUUAUAGUGUUCUUACUGGAAUGCUCCUUCAUCGCCAGUUUCAUCUUCUUUGUUAUACCUGAGACAAAGAAUAAAUCUUUCCUGGAAAUCAAGCGGGAAUUUCAAAGGCUUAAUUUUGGAAGCAAAAGACAGGAAACAGAGCUGUGUGAUAGAAUACAGCUCCACAGUGAAUUCUAGAGUGCAUACUACACUUCCUGGCUGUAAGGCAGCCACUUUAAUCAGAAUGAUAUGCAUGUGGUUUUAUAAAUUAGACAGCAAAACAUAAUGCUGAAAUAUUGUAUUUACAGGUAGCUAGUUGCAUCAUUGGGUGAAAUAUAAGGCAGAUAAAGCUUGCUGAAGUAGCAUAAGAAACUAAAAAAUGUAUAUACAAUACUAUAUACAAAAAAGACAAUUCAAUAAAAAUGUUUAAAGAUAUGGCUGUUGUCUUCAUGAAUAGGUCCUGGUGACCCGCCUCAGUCAAUGUCUGGUUUAUUGGAAAUUUUGCGGUACUUCCACUGGAUUGUGUGGCCCAGCUUCACAUUCUGAACAUAUUAGCUCCCGAUGCAAAGUAAUAGGAAGAGCUUGUUUUUGACCAGCACUGAACAAGGAUGUGGCUGGAAGAAUUAAAACAAAAUAUAGCCUUUAUGCUGUGAGACUAGAACCGUGUGCAUUACAUAAUGGCCACAUCAAACAUUUGUUAAUUGAAA